AUCUGCACCAAACUCUCCACACCCACAAAAACAUCCAGCACAAUGCAGCUCCCUUCCCUCCUCGUCGGUGCCCUACUGGCACUUGGCAUCCACGCCGCCCCCGUUACAGAGGGCACAGACCAAAGCCCAGCCUCCGACGGAAAUAGCCUAUUCCAACGCGACUCAGGCCAGCUGUGCCGGAUUCUCUACAGCACACACGUCAACUGCCGCACCGGGCCGGGCACGAACUAUAAGAGCGUGGUGGGGCUGAAUAAGGAGUAUACACGGGGGUACUGGUUUACGUGUGUGAAAUCGGGCGAGUGUAUUACGCUGAAUGGGGCGGUUAAUUGUGGGUGGGAUUAUUUCGAGGAGGAUAGGUGCUAUGUUAACGGGCAUUAUACGGAUGGGUCUUGUACUCUGGCCAAACUCGGCCGGUGCUAGGAAGCCUGCGAGGCUGUUCAACCUUCACGUCUAUAUGGAUAGGUAUUAGUACAGGAUAUAGUUGCAUUGGAACGCGUGGCACCGACAUCAGCCGGUAUGCUUCACCGAGGCUAUAGAUAUCCGAACUUCUCCAACUUCUCAAUCUUAGAUCCAAUCAAUCUUCUAAUACCAGACAAGUAUGAUUCAGGAAGCGGGGUUGAAUUGCUCCUUUUCGGCCAUCGGG